CACCGGCUGGCGAUGGAGGCGCGCGCGCGGGAGGAGGAGGAGGCGCGCUGGCGGGAGGGGAAGGUGGACGUCGAGAUGCUGCGCCGCAUAUUCGAGAACAUGGACAAGGACGGUGACGGCGAGGUCGAGCUGUCCGAUUUCCUCACCUCCUCCCAGAACGGCUCCGAGCUCCGCCGGCUGCUGCGCGGCGGCGGGUACCGAGCGGCGACCGCGGGCAGCCGCCAGUCCACCGCGGCCGCCGGGCCGAGGCGGAAGUCGUCCGUCGCCAGAGACGCGGACGGAAGUCCCAAACGAGCGUCGUUUGCGCUCGCCCCCGACCAGGGAACGACUGAAGUUUCGCCCGCGUCCGCGGCGCGUCAUGGCGUGUCCCGGGGGGGGUCCGAG